AUGAAGUACGCUGGUCUUGUCCUGGCUGUUGCCAGCACUGCAUUCGGUCAAUCUUUGAUUGAAGUGCUUGGUGGCCGACCUGAGUUGUCGCAACUCACUGGCUUGCUCAAUUCGUCUGGCCUGGCAGGUGAUCUGUCCAGCCUGACCAACAACACCCUCCUAGCACCCAACAAUGCCGCGAUCGGAGCCUUUCUGAACAGCUCGACCGGUGCCGCCGUGGCCACGGAUUCCGCUCUCGUACAGGCGAUUCUCCAGUACCAUGUCCUCCAAGGCAAUUACUCCACCGUCAACGCGACUGCUUUCAUCCCAACACUGCUCGUUCCUCCUCAAUACACCAACGUCACAACCGGCCAGGUCGUGCAGGCAAACGCUACGGGAAGCAAUGUGACUUUCUUCUCAGGAUUGUCGUCGAACUCUUCGGUGGUGAACGCCUCGAUCCCAUUCUCGGGCGGUACUAUUCAUAUCAUCAACAGAUUCCUCACUGUCCCACAAAACAUUUCAACGACUGGUGUUGCUCUCAAUCUCACCUCUGCUGUAGGUGCGAUUGGACAACUCAACCUCACACAGGCCGUCGAUUACUCUCCAGACCUCACUGUCUUCCUACCCAACAACGCUGCUUUUCAAAGAAUUGGAGGAAAUCUAGCGAAUCUGACCGUUGAACAAUUGGCUGGUAUCUUCGCCUACCACAUCGUCAAUGGUACGGUUUUGUACUCAACAGAUAUCCAGAAUGGUACCAGCGUUGAAACCACUGGUGGAAACGUCACUCUCACUCUUCAAGGUUCAAACGUCUUCGUUAACAAUGCACGAGUCAUCCGACCAAACGUCCUGGUCGCUAACGGUGUCGUCCACGUUAUUGACAGAGUCUUGAAUCCUGCCAACACGACCGCAACACCAAACGCUAGCACAACGGAGGAAGCGUUCCCAGGUGCAACCAGCGCUAGCAACGAGCCAUUUACUUCGGGCGUUCCAACCCCAACUUCAGCUGUCCCCACAACUUCAGCAGCUGGAGGUUCAUCAAGCUCUUCUGGUGGAGCAUGGCGACCAAUUGAGACUGGAGCCAUUGGUAUGGUCGCUCUCUUCGGUGGCGCUGCAGUAGUUAUGAAUAUUUAG